AUGCUUGCACUGAAGCCAGAUAUACAAAGGUCGCAGCAUGACAGUUGCCCAGUGGUCGAAGAUCACUUCACCGACUAUCCCAUGUGCAACGCCACAUCUUGCCCAGCUCGCCGACUGGCAAGUUAUCUGCGCGGCACAGAUGUUGAGAUGGCGGAGACAGGCAGAGCCAAGGAUGCAUCCGGCAAAGAGCCUGACGCCCCAACAGCUGCAAAGAAACACCAGACAACCCUCAGUAAACGUGAUGUUGGAGGCAUCUGCGCUGAACUCAUGAGCAUCCCCAUCAAUCUCACAUGGAAAGGCCUCGAUGAGUGUCUGGACUUUGGCCCGCAUAUAGGCCCCGGAGUUUUCGACACCGGCACGGCAAGCGAAGAGAGCAUGUACCAGGGCAGACGCGAAUGGAUCGCGCAAAGAGAGGAGGAGCAGCAGACACUCGGCAAGUACUCGACAGGGUCAGAGGCCGACAUUUUGUGGCACACACACAUCAUCGACGAGCAUGGCACCAUCCACUCCAAGGGGGACUAUUUUUGGCGGGACUGGGAGGCGAAAAUUGGCGGCGUCCUCGCCGACGAGACUGCCGACGCAGCAGCCUCGGCCUCAAUUUGGCGUGCGCCUUACUCGUCAUCCUUGAAGCACCGAGGUCGCCACAGCACGGCCCGUUGGUUCGGUCUCCCCUCGCUCCUGCCUUCCCCCGGCACUGGCAAGACGAGCGUCUGUCUCACUCUUGGCACGCUGAUGCAGCUCCAAGAGGUCGCGGUCAACGUGUCCAUUCUGAAAGGUCUGCAUUCGCCGAUCGUCUGCGGAGGCGACUUCGGGGAUGCAGCUGACGACGAGGCCAAGACACCCGCCGCCACCGAGUUAGCGACACCACGCUUCAUGGUUGUGUCCACGUCCAAUGUGCAGGCAGACCAGUCAGCUUGUGACCAUGCUGACGUUGGCCUCGAGGCUGGUGAUAUCGGUCGCAUGUGUCCGGUGAAGCGGGAGCUCAAGGUUUUUGAGAACAAUGAGAAGCCCGAUUUCCGCAAUCUUGAUGAGCCGGUCGACCUACACGACUGCAUGCAGACCGAGCGCACCCUUGAGCAGAUCACCAGGGACUGA